CUUGGCUUCGGGGUCGGCCCUGUGCAGCGGUGUAUAAGAGGUCUCGUACCGGAGCAGUCACUGCAGUCCAAGUCGCUUCGAUGUCUCUCACCGUCAGCUCCGAGUCCCAUAGCUACACCGCCCAGAGGGUAAUCCUCACCUCCUCGAAGCCCUUUGACAAGGUCAUCGCGGCCCUCGACGAGGAGACGAACAGGGCCGGGCCUCACGUGGGGGAGGUCCUGGGCAGCGCCAAGAGCAAGGAGGAGAUCGAGCAGGGCAUGAGCGCGCUCACUGACUCUGGCAAGAGGACAUUUGUGUUCUUCUCCGCGCAGUUCCACUCCAAGUGGAUCGGCAACUACUACGGACAGACGUUCGACGACUUUGUGCUCUACACGUUCGGAAACCCUCUCUACGCGAAGGAGAUGAUGACGCGCGACUCCACGACCGGCUUCGGCAUCCCACCGCGCGUGCUCGUGCAGGCCACGAAAGAAGGGGGGACCAGGAUCCAGUACGACCGGCCGAGCUCGUGGUUCACGCUGAAUCCGAGUCCGGAGCUGAACGCGGCGCUGGAGAGUCUGAGUGCGAACAUCGAGGCGCUGCUCAGGAAGGCUCUCGCGUAGAGGCUUGCAAGAUGUAGGACUCGUACUC